AUGUUGUGUUCUAAAAAUAUCGUUCUCUUUAACCUAAUCUUCUUUACCGUUGCCCUAGGAGGGGUUACCAGUCAAAAAAGUUGUGCUAGUGUCCAGUGCAGCGUUCCCGGAAAUGAACCAGAAAUCACCUACCCGUUCGGAAAUAAAGAUCUUCAAGGUGUAGGAUGUGGUUUCCCGGGUUUUGAUAUCACUUGCGAUAUUCAUGACCAUACAGUAUUGAAACUACCACAAUCUGGAGAAUUCCUUGUUAGGAAAAUUGAUUAUGCUAAGAAAGAGAUUCGACUUUAUGACGAGAAGAAUUGCCUUGCUCAGCGUCUUCAACGGAAAAGUAUAAGUACGGAUCUAUCACCUUUCAAGGCUUAUGCUUAUAAGAAGUAUCACUUCUUCAGUUGUCCCACAUCAGUAACCAGAAGUAAUCCAGAUGUUGGUACCAUUGCGAUAAUUCCUUGUUUAAGUAACGCAACCAACUCUGUACUGGUGACGGUUUCUUUGGGCAGCGAUGUUGAUAGCUAUACUGCAAAAGUACUGAUUGCCGGAGGUUGUGAGAUAUGUGCUUCUGUUACGAUUCCUAUUCCGUUCACAGCUAUAACUAAGAUCUCCUCUUAUGAUUUUAGAAUCGAUGAUCUUUACCUUACAUGGGUCGAACCUGAAAAAUCCGAGGACAGUACAAAAGGCACUGAUGAUAUUAAAGGAGGAGAAGGGAAAAAAUCUAAAGGAAAACUAGUUAGGAUGAUAGUUGGGAUAAUUGUUGGUCUGGCCGGCCUUGUUGGUCUCACCGCGCUGACAAUAAAGAUAGUCAAUAAUUGUAACAGUAAUAAUAUUAAUGGUAAUAAUAAUACUAUUACCAACAUUAAUAAUACUAUUAUUGCUGAUAGGAAAAAGAAAAAUACUCGGUUAGAGACUUAG